CCAAAAGGCAUUACUUCUAAGGUUUUCCGUUUUAACAUCUCCGCCAUGGAGAGGAACGCCACCAACCUGUUCAGAGCAGAGUUUCGAGCGCUGAGAGUUCCAAACUCGACUGCCAAGAGGAAUGAACAGCGGAUUGAGCUCUACCAGAUCGUGAGGCGAAAUGAACACAUUAGAAAGCAGCGCUUCAUUGGCGCCAAGAAUGUGCUGACCAAAGGUACCGCAGAAUGGAUUUCCUUUGAUGUGACCGAAACAGUGCGGGAGUGGCUGAUGAAGAGAGGAUCUAAUAUGGGUUUGGAAAUUAGUGUCCACUGUCCAUGCCACACCUUCAGCCCAAAUGGCGACAUCAUUGACAAGGAAAGUGAGGUCCUGGAGGUCAAGUUUAAAGGUAUUGAUGAAGAGGAGGAGCACAGUCGCUUGGAUCUGGAUCACUUGAAGAGGAAAAUGGAACAGAAUCUCCCUCAUCUCAUCCUCAUGAUGAUCCCGCCCCACCGCCUGGACACUCAGUCAACACGCCGACGCAAGAGAGCGCUGGACACAAACUACUGUUUCUCAAACACGGAGGAGAGCUGCUGCGUUCGCCGGCUGCACAUUGAUUUCCGCCGUGAUUUGGACUGGAAGUGGAUCCACGAGCCCAGUGGUUACGAUGCCAACUACUGCUCUGGGCCAUGCCCUUACCUGAGGAGCUCAGACACAACGCACAGCUCGCUGCUGAGCCUCUACAACACUCUGAAUCCAGAGGCAUCCGCCUCCCCCUGCUGUGUCCCCCAAGACCUGGAACCCCUCACUAUACUCUACUACUCUGGACGGACACCUAAAGUGGAGCAGCUCUCCAACAUGAUUGUCAAGUCUUGCAAGUGUAGCUGAGAGGACAUGAAUGUGAGGCAGUGUGGCAGGAUUUUACUCGGUACAGACCAAACCCAUGCAUGACUUUUGGACUUUUAGCUGUGACAAAUACUUAAACUGUGGCCUCAUGGCUUAGAUUUGAAGACCACUCAGGAGGUGGCACAUUUUUAAUGAUGCAGAUUUUCUCAAAAAACAAAAAACCCCCAAAACAAACAAACUUGAUAUUUUGAUACUCAUUUUUAUUGUUUCCCUCAAUUGGUUCUGGUUGACAAGUAAAGUAGUUUAAUUUGAAUCUAACUAAAAAAAUAGUCCCAAAUAAGACUUGAGCUUAAAAUAUUUCCCCCUAUAUUUGUGAGGAUGGACAACAUACUUUAGAGGCUAGAUUGACACGGGCACCUAUUUGUGACAAAAUGAAAGAAAUUAAAAUAAAAACAACAAAAAAAACUAACUAUAGCUGCUUCAUUGAUAAUUACUCAAAGAGGGCUACGUUGUAGUAUUUUUGUGUAACUCUUUCUUGAAUCUAGCCUUGAUUUUACAUUGUUAGUCGUCACAAAUAUAGACAGGUCUCUUCUUUCAGGCCCAAUUUUCCCUUAAACUUGCCUUAAAUUCCCUUCACUUCAAACAGUGGGCAUUAUCUUCAAACACAAAAGGAGAAAGGACAGACUUGCUGCUGUAUCCAAAGCCAUAGCUGUGGUCAGGGAAAAGGAGAGCUGAGAGAGAAUGCCUGCUGGAUUUGCAAUGGAAAGUCAAUGAACAAAGAAGGUUGAGCCAAGCUUUUCUUUUUUUGGCCAGCCAGCAGCAAUGGUCUCGUUUUUAUUAUUUUUUUUCUCGGUGAAUCUAUUAAAACGAAUGGAAGAAGAAGAAGAAGAGGGGACCUGUAUGGAAGGGAAGAACUGUGAUGGAAACUAGCCACGAGCACACUGCCAUUCACUGGAAGUUUUCAUCUUUAACAGGUUCACAUUAUUUUUGGGACAUCAAAGAAUAUACUGGAAAAGAACACGUGUUAUGCAACAGGUUUUUAUGAGACUUCUUUUACAUUAAUAGCAGAUUUAGUCUGUUAUGCAACUUGUCGUAUAGUGAUUGUUUCACUAACUGGGAAGAAGAUUGACGUGUAACAGUUUUAUAUUAAACUGUGGGUACUGUUACAUUUCCUUUGUGAUUUAGAAAGAAUAUGCAACAUUAUUGUCCAUAUAGGAGUUUAACCUGUUAUGUGGAAUCCCCUUAUUUGUCUGACUAAAGGCCAUUUUUUUAGUGCAGCUGUUUUCUUCUAUUUCUUUUGUCUCCUGUCAACUCACCUGUCACCCUUCACUCCAGCCCGCUGACAAGGAAUUUACAUGUGCAGUCUGGGCUUCCCAAAACAUUGCAGUCUUUCAUUCCCUUUUGCUCUGUCUCUGUUUGUUUUGGUGCUCUCUUACAGUGUGAAGUCCUAAUGGAACAGAAAUGAAGAGGGAGUGGAGGAAAAGUUAUAACAUGACAGUGGCCUGAUGUACAGUUAGACCUCAUUUUCUCCGACUCAUUUCUGAAUCCCUGUACUGUUUGACAUUUGCCCAAUCGGAGUCAUCUAGCUUUUAGGUGACAUUUACAUCAUGUUGUUGUUUUUUCGUUUGGUUUUUUUGGCAGUCAUGUUGUUUGAUAAAAUGAUUGUUAUUAAAAAGACAUCAUGCAAAAGUC